AAGAGCCAUACCUGUGUCGGGGUUUUUGUGAGGAUGGAGAUGACGUGAGUGUAUACGGCACACAGAGUUGCUCGAUGUGCACUGUCUUCUGCUGUUAGAAGACUCUUUCUCUGCAUAGGUAACUGGCAGAGAGCGCUGUGCUCCUAUCAGGAAGCUGCGCCUGGCAAACGCAAGCUUGGGAAAACAGAAACCUCUUUUUUCUUUGCAGCCGUAACAAGAUGUCUGACAAGCAGCAGAUAGCUGCCAGAGCUUCCCUUAUUGAGCAACUGAUGUCUAAAAGGAAUUUUGAGGAUCUCGGCAACCACCUUACUGAGCUAGAAACUCUGCGUGUGAGUCCGGAGCAUCUCCAGGAGACGGAUGUGGUCAGGGCUGUGUACAGAGUCCUCAAAAACUGCCCCACGGCGGCUUUGAAAAAGAAAGCCAAGCGUUUGCUGUCAGAAUGGAAAGCUCUGUAUAAAGGUACUCACUGCAAGCCGCGGGGCAGCCCUAAACUAUUUCCUCCAGGUGGAAAUAAAGAAGCAAAUCAAGGACUUUCUCCCGACCCAAAUCAGGAUGAGAUACGGGGCAGCUCUUGCUGUCAUUCUCUGCGCGCAUCCCAAGAUGUUGCAGGAGCUGUUGAAAGGGUCGUGCCAGAAAAUAGCCCUGGUGGAGCGGAGCCUAAGGCAGCGCGUCUCAGGGCCGCUGACCCUCAAUCCCCCGACGAGAGAGCGAGUGAGCAGCCACAUCCUGCAGCGCCCUUGAGAGCCAAAUGCACAGAGCUGCUGUAUGAAGCUCUAACUAGUCCUUCCACAGAGCAGCCCAGAGCCGAUCUGUGGCACAACUUUGCACGAGAAAUCGAAGAGCACAUUUUUACCCUUCACUCCAAGAACCUCAAAAAAUACAAAACUUGCAUCCGAAGCAAAGUUGCCAAUCUGAAAAACCCCCGCAAGUCUCACUUACAGCAAAGCUUGCUCUCUGGGACCAUGUCUCCAAGGGAGUUUGCCGAAAUGACCGCCAUGGAAAUGGCCAGCCCCGAACUGAAGCAGCUGAGAGCCUCCUACACGGAAUCUGGCAUACAGGAACAUUACCUGCCCCAAGUGGUGGAGGGCACGCCGACCAAGAAAAUAAAGUGCCGACGCUGCGAGAAAUUCAAUUGCCAGGUCACCGUCAUCGCCAGAGGGACACUCUUCCUUCCAAGUUGGGUGCAGAAUUCCAACCCAGAUGAAGAAAUGAUGACCUAUGUAAUCUGCAAUGAAUGUGGGAAGCAGUGGUACCAUAGCAAGUGGGAGUGCUUGUAAUUGUAAUAGAUGUUCUCUUAACAGAUAACCGGAGUGAUCCCUUUUAUUCAUACCACCCUUUUAUGCUUGUUUUUAAAAUCUUGUACAUGCUAUUCUUUUUUUAAAAAUUGAGGUAUAGGUAAUUUAUAUAUAUAUAUAUAUAUAAAAUAACCUAUAAUGGAAACAUAUAUGUAUAUUCUUUUUCAGAUUCUUUUCCAUCUUAGGUUUUUACAAGAUACUGAGUGUAGUUCCCAGCGCUAUACAGUAGGUCCUUGUUGUUUAUCUAUUUUAUAUAUAGUGAGUUAUACACACUAUCAUACACACUAUUCGCAAAACUAUCCUACAAAGAAGGAAAGAAGGUUGUUUGCUGAAGCUCACACCACUGUCACUAAAAGUUGAUAGUUUGAGGAGAGAGAGUGGACGCCUGUUUGCAUCGUGCUUAGUGGCUACUUAGUACUUUGCUGUGCUCUGAGUAUGCUUGGAAGCAGCUCAGCGUAGCCUAGGAGCCCGUUAGAGAUGCAGACUCUCCGGUCGCGUGCUGCUGAAUCUGCAUCUGCGUUUUGGCAGGAUCCCCAGGUGAUCCUGUUCAAGGUCACUGGAGAAGUGCUGCUUCUGCAAUAGGCCUGUAGUUCCCAGCACUGGCUGCAUAUUAGCAGGAUCUGGGGAGCUUUGAAAACCCACAGUGCCGAGGACCCACCCUGGGACAAUUACAUCUGGAUCUGUGGGAUGCAGCCCAGGCAUCAACAUUUUGGUUUGAAUUCCUCAAGUUAUGUUAAGAUGCAGUCAGAGUUGAGAACUACUCAUCCAUAGGCUCUCACUUGAUCCUUUUGUCACCUUUAAGAAAAGAAAGUUAUUCUAUACACUUCACAGUUGAGGAAACGUCCACAGAGGUACCAUGACUCGCCCCAGUGACACACCAUAAAUAGUCAGACUUGAACUGCUGCCGGAUUUUCUUCCUUCCAGUUCCCUGUCUGAGACCGCUUCAAUAUUGAUUUCUGAGAAAUACAGUCCUGGAGUUGUGGGACUAAAUGAAUAGUGUCUUCAAGCUCUAGCAUUGGGGAACAAGAGCUUUGUUAUUUUCCCCUCUCUUUUCUCUUCUCACUUCACAGGUGUCCCUUGAGCCCUGAGAAUUACCCUACGACUAAUCCCACAGUUAGAAUUUGUUUCCCGUCCUCUUGCUCAGUCGAGGGAGCCAUGUAGUUUUUUCCUUCACACAAGUUCUCCAGGGUUUAUAAACUCUUUAUGACAUUAGGUUUCUGGUGUUAGGGAGUCUUCAUGUUAUCAGGGGCUAGGUCUGUAGGGGAGGGGAAAAAAACCUGUAGCUGGGACCCCGAAAAUUAGACUGACAAAAGACAGAUUAACAAGAGAAAAGUAGUUUAUAUGUGCAGCACGCAUACCCGCAGGAGAAAUUCGGUGAUGCGUAGCUCAAAGGGAUGGUUCGAACUUGGGCUUAUAUAGCGUUUUAAGAAAGAAUAGUACGUUUGUAGAGAAGUAGCAAGACAAAGGAAAAGGGCUUUAGGCUUUUAGUGGCAGCAAACUCUGGGAAGGUAAAUUAGCGAGGGUGUGGGUGUGUCGGGGGGAACUAAUGGAAGAUAAUGGUCAGUGAUGAGGUUGUUACCCCCUUCCUGGUAGGGAAUUCACAAGGGGAAUUUGUGUUCUGAUGUCAGGCAGGUAGCGGGAGGGCAGAGAGCUCAUCCUGUGUUUACUUUUUCUCAUUUGCUUUCAGCUCCGAAUGAUCCUUAUGCUAUUAUAUUUUGGGGUGGCACGCUCUGAACCCCUUUAGGUCUGAAUUUCCAAUUCUGCUUUUGUAAAAACUGGCACUAACCUCUCAGAGGAAGUCCAUUGCCUCAGCCUUUGAAUCUACCAAGGUUUCUCUAAUAAACGAGGAGGAAAUUACUUCUUCGAGGCCUUUGUAAACAGUGUUUAACCAAUCUGUAUAAUGUUUAAACACAACAAGGCUUCCGUGUGAUUUUUUUCGUUUGAAAAAAAUUCAUAGAAUUUUAAUUUUUAUAGUUUUAACUAUAGUUUGUGAGUUGUCUACAAAACUACACAUUUUCACCAGUUCUUUUCUCCUCACUCUCCUAAGCCCCUUUGCUAGAGCUCAGAAUGUAAUGUACAGUUUACCUGCCUCAUGACAGAAUUCCCUCAAUGGUGCAGGAAAUGAAAAUACGUUCGUGUUUUCAAAUGGUUUUGAAGAAAUGGGCUUGAGGCCAUCAGUUAUCAUUUCUAUCUUGAUACCUUUGUCCCUGUGGCUUCCCAGGGCUGCCUAUUAUGAUGUAACGGUCUUUUAAAGAAAAACUUGCAAAGUCACCUAAAACUUCAAGUUUCACAAAGUGUGGUUUCAUGUGAUUUGGAAUGAUCUUAAAAACUAUUCAGUGGUUAUAAAAGAGCACAGCACAUGAAAACCAUGUGUGAUUAGUUCACGUCAGUGUUUGUUUUUUGGUUUAGGGUUUUUG